AUGAAGCAUAAUCAGAAGAAGAAUUUGAAGUUUGACGAUGAUCAAGGUUCAACGUCUAACAUUGGGACGUUGUUGGAUUUUAUGAAAAUCCAAAACAGAGGUGAUAUGAUUCGAGAAAAUGCGGUUGAUUCAUCUGUUUCAUACUCUAAAGGUGGAGAUGCGAAGAAUUCUGAGUCAAAAGCAAAUAUUUUUGCUUGUAAAUAUUGUAAGAAAGAGUUUUCUACCUCACAAGCUCUGGGAGGACAUCAAAACGCACACAAGCAAGAACGUGCUUUUGCAAAACAUCGUCAAAGUUGUGAUGUUAAUGGGUUAGGACACUUUUCUUAUUAUUCUUCCUAUCCAAGUUUUUAUAACUUUCGUUCUUUUUAUGGCGAGUCCUUCAAUAGGACACUUGGGAUUCGAAGUGAGUCUAUGAUCCACAAACUUUCUUGGAAUUCAAGAUACGGACAUUCGUGGUUGAAAAGAGAUCGUGACACGUCGAAUUCAUCAACAUUUGAUGAGGUUAGAAUCAUGAGACGGGAUUAUCCAACUAUGAAGAGCUACGCAAUUCCAAAUUUGAAGGUAGAGGACAACAGUGAUAAAACCAGUAUUGAAACCCUCUCUCUUUUUCCGACUGUUCCUAGUAAUUCAUCAAGCCAUCUUCACAACAUGUCAAUACUCGCCACAACAAGAAUUAUUGACGAUUCUGUUGCAAAAGAAAGUUCAAGUGAAGCACCUUGCAAUCUUAAUCUGACACUUAAGAUUUAA